AGACCAAGACUAUUCCAACACCUCUCUGUCUCUCUCUCUCUCUCUCUCUCUUCUAUAGUAGUAUUACUAAUAUAUCUUGGGCAGCCGAAUUAGCAUGGUACUGUGACUGCCCAAGCUGCGCAUUGGACAUCCAAACACUGACCGAAACUUUACGGGCACUAUCUCUUUCUCUCUCAAAAACUCAGACAGUGCACAGCACAGACAAAUGGAGAGUAAAAAGGGUUUCGUUGACGUCAAGUUUGUUAACGAGGAGGGUUCGUUGCUAACGUGCGCUUUGGGAACUGUAGCUACUCUGCUUACCUCAGCUUUGCUUACGACUCAUCUAAUCUCUCAAGAUCCUUUUGGGAUGUUACUUAGUACUAGACCCAAAAGUGAGGGCAACUAUGACAGUAAGUGUCACCCGGAAGUAGUUGAUGGUGAGGAAGAUGGUGGUGAAGGCAAUGACAAUGAUGAUGGGGAUGGUGGCUUCGGAGAAGGUGAAGAAGAGCUGUCUUCUGAAGAGGGAGGGGGUUAUGGAAAAAGUCCCAACAACAAUGGGAGCAAUUCUAAGAAGGGGUCUGAAGGACAGGCUGGUGGAGCUGGGGAAGAGAAUGCAGAAGGGGAGGACGAGGGGAAUGACAAUGAACAUAAUGAUGACGAUGAUGACGACGACGACGACAACAAUGACGAUAAUGAAGAAGAUGAAGACAAUGAUGAUGAUGAAGCUGGGGGCGAGGAUGAGGAAGAAACUGUUGAGGAAGAGGAGCCAGAGGAUGCUGAAGAGGAUGAAGAAGAGGCCCUUCCACCCCCAAAGAAGAGGAAGAAGUAAGAAGUUCAAGGUUUUAUGUAGUUGCACAACUAUGCCACAUAGCUCUCCAAAGUAAGGGCGAAUCUUCAAUGGGGAAAUGGGGGUAGUUAUUAGGUUAGUUUUUAAAAGACUAAUUUGAAUUGAGGAUAUUGUGGCCUUGUUUGAUCUCAUAUCUUUUUUUUUAAGUUAAUUCUCAUGUUGGAUGUCAACUAGAUUAAUCAUAUUUCCAUUUUAUGCCACAAUAUUGACGUCUAACUAUUAAAAAAGUUGUUUUAA